AUGGAAGGUUUUGAUCAAAGAGGUAGUGGUAGUAAUAAUCAAAAAAAUAUUCAUGCAUUUGGUUCUUCUUCUUCAUUAGCUUCACCGCCCAAACCCCCAAUUCAAUUGAAUUCUAUGCCUAUCAAUCAAGUUAAUCAAAUGGGUUUUCCUGAAAAUCACAAAAGUUAUAGUAUUGGUAUACCACCCUCACACCCUAAUACCAAUACUAGUUUAUCACCUAAACUUUCAUCCCCUUAUCCCCAGUUUAUGUCUUCUUCACAAUCCCAAACCCAUUCUAGGUCUUUCUCUCAGCCCACUUUUCUCUCUCUAGAUUCCUUUUCACUGCCUCCAUUGAGUCCUUCACUUUAUCCUUUAAGUCCCUCCCCUUUUUCGGACUCGGGUUCGAAAGAUGUUUCGAUGGAGGAAAACUUGGUUGCCACUCAUGCCCCUUCGCCUAACCGCGGUCAUGCUGUUCAGCACGGACAUUGUCUUCCCCCUCGUAAAGGGCAUAGGCGCUCUAGCAGUGAUACGCCUUUAGGGAUCUCGGAAUUUGUUAACUCUGGCCCUCAGUCGGGGAGUGAUCGUCAGAAUUUGGUUUCUGGAGGGGAAAAAUUUGGUUCUGAGAAGCCGAUUCAGUUGGUGUUGAAGGAUAGGAACUCUCUUGAUGGAUUUGGGAGAGAAAGUUUUAAUGCGAGGAAAGAGGAUGAUGCGGCUGCAAUGGAUGAUUUGUUUAGUGCCUACAUGAAUUUGGAGAAUAUGAAUAAUAUGAGUUUUUCUGGUAUGGAAGAUAGCCGAACUAGUGGUUCGAAGACGGUUGAAAGCAGUGAUAAUGAAGCUGAGAGUCAUGUAAAAGGAAUCAGUUCUAAGGGUGCGACUUCAAGCUGUUCAGAUGAGAGGAGGGAAGGAAUCAAGAGGAGUUCUAAUGGAGAUAUUGUAUCCGCUACUCGACAUAGGAGAAGUUUCUCAUUGGAUGGCUCCAUUGGAAAUUUUUAUAUUGAAGAGGGAUCACCAAAGCUUCCUCCUUUACAAGGUCGAGCUGGUCGACACUCGCCUAGCAAUUCAAUGGACAGUAGUAGAACAGGGGAAAUUGGCAUGGAGUUUGGAAAGGGUGAGUUCAGCUCCGAGGAGAUGAAGAAAAUAAUGGAAAAUGAUAAACUUGCUGAAAUUGCCCUGUCUGAUCCCAAGCGUGCGAAGAGGAUUUUGGCCAAUCGUCUAUCAGCUGCUCGCUCUAAAGAGCGGAAGACGAAAUAUAUUUCUGAAUUGGAGCACAAGGUCCAAACUCUUCAGACAGAGACUACUACAUUGUCUACUCAGUAUACCAAAUUACAGAUGGAUCACGCGGAGCUUAAGAAUGAGCAUAACGAGUACAAAUUGAGGCUUCAAUCUUUGGAACAACAGUCCCAACUGAAAGAUGCUCUGAACGAGACUUUGGAUGCUGAAGUCCGGCGCUUAAGACGCACCGUAGCAGAUCUUGGCGGAGAGUCCCUCCUCUCUAGUCUCAUGACUCGGCAGCUAGUUAUUAACCAGCAAAUGCUCCAGUCACAGCAACAGCAGCCAAACCAGCUUAGAAACUUUCAACCGCAAAACAGCCAAUCUCAGGAAGAAACACCGACACAGAUGCAGCAGAAUAUUCAACGCAAUCAUGAAUUCCAAACCAAGCAUCAGAAUGGCAAAACUACUGCAUAA